AUGUACGCGUAUCGAGUGAUGCAACUCAAGCCGGGAAGAAGUGGACUAGGCGGUCCGAAUGACUUCGGUACAGACGAAGGUCAAGAUGACGACGGCGAGACUUGGGGUUCGGAAAAGAUCAUGCGCGUCAUACGUGCGAUGGGGGCAAGCGAUGUCCUGGUCAUUGUCAGCCGCUGGUACGGUGGGCAGCUCUUGGGACCCGUGCGAUUUGAACAUAUCACACAUGUGGCACGCGCCGCCCUUCAAAAACACCUGGACUUGGAGGUGAUCCAUGAGUAUCGUGUUCGGCUGCAGAAACUUGACGAAAGUAUAUGUGCGAUGAAAAAUGUCAUGAAGCACUCGGAUCCUUACGAAAAUCUUACGUUGGAUCGGGCGAGACGCCUUGUGGUAGCACGCUCAAAAACACUAGCCACUUUACGGCGUAAGCACAGUGAAGAAGUGAACACGAAUGUUGCUCAACAAGAGCUGUCUCGCAUCUAG